GAAUUAAUAAAAUAAUGAGAUAGGAUUUUAGAUAAAGAAUUAAACAGCGUGUCAAAUGCCACAUGAUCGAUGGUUUGAUGGAUUUAUGAUUUAUGACAUUUCGUUUCUUGAAUCAGCUGGAAUUGGCUAGUCAAUAUUGCAUUACGAGUUUACUCGUUAAUAAAUGCUACGAUUUUUACCAUUCAUUUUAAAACUACAGAAUUUGAAACGGAUAAGGUCUUCUCAGACCAAUAAAUCAUUCAUUCCACUUACGAGAAGAAAAUACAGUAAGAUGGUGAAAUAUUUGAAUCAAUUGGAAGCUAUUAAUAUUGAUAAAGAUUUGUUCGAAAAAUAUAAAUUCAGCGUUGAUCAAUUGAUGGAAUUGGCUGGACAAAGUUGCGCUGUUGCAAUUGCAAAAUCUUACCCAUUGUUUGGAAACUUGAAUAAAGUGCUAGUAUGUUGUGGGCCAGGCAACAAUGGUGGUGAUGGCCUUGUCUGUGCCAGACACUUGAAACAUUUUGGAUAUUCACCAGAAAUUUAUUAUCCAAAACGGACAAGUAAUGUAUUAUAUGAGAGAUUGUUACAUCAAUGCAUCGAGAAUGAUAUUCCUAUACUACAAAAUCAACGUAUAGAGGAAGCGACAGAUUCCACAAUUUUGCAAGAAUAUGCAAUUGUAAUAGACGCUCUGCUUGGAUUCAGUUUCAAACCACCAGUGAGAGAACCAUUUGUCCGCAUUAUUGAUAUGUUAAAAGAUACAACUAUUCCUAUUUGCAGUAUAGAUAUACCAUCAGGUUGGGAUGUUGAGAAUGGUCCACCAGAAGAAGGUGGCAUAAAACCACAAAUGUUAAUAUCUUUAACGGCACCAAAGAUGUGUGCAUCAAAAUUUGAAGGAAGAUUUCAUUAUUUGGGUGGACGAUUUGUGCCUAAAAAGCUAGAGUCACAAUAUAAUCUUAAUUUACCAAAAUAUAUUGGUACAGAUCUUGUUAUUAAGAUGUAAAAAUAAGUACAGAAUAAUUCAUGCAUUCAAAGAUUGUAUUUGAAUGUAUCAAAUUGUAUAUAUAAUUAUCAAAUACUUAAAGAAUGAUCUUUUAUACUAGAAUAAUUAUAUUCUUAAAUACAAUUUAAUGUUUCCUAAUUAAUUUUUUUUUUUUUUUUGCUAUGUUGUGUAAUAAAGUUUUCUUGUAAUAAAUAUGUGUUUUUA